AUGUGUGAAGAAUUUCUGUACGAUCGCAGCAUCCAUUUCGACAUUGCCUCUGCUAAAUUGAACAUGCUGAAAGGAGAAAAAACUCUGUUCCUCUGGAAAGAUGUUGAAGACAUCAAAGGAAACCCAGAUCAACUUGGUAGCUUAGUAAUCAGCAACACAAGGAUCCUAUGGUGGAGUGAACGUAAUAACAGUGUCAAUCUCAGCAUUGGCUUAGGCACCAUAUUUCACAUUGAGCAGAAAGUCACUAACAAUAACCGUACUUUUGGAACUCUCUUUCGAACCAAACUAUCGACUGGAUAAAAAUACGAAUUCCAUUUCUCUAGUCAAGACAAAAAGCUCUAUGACUCCUUGGUCAAUAUCCAAAGACUGUACACUCAAACCAUGUUGCAUCGCGAAAUCAAGGUGCAAUUCGCUAUGAUUUCCCAGAAGAAACUCAAUAUCUCAGAAAAAGAAUAAAUAAUCAAUCAAUUUGCCAAUACGACCAGUGUUGCUAAUGAUCAAUAGGAUGUGUAGGGAACUCUUAUCUUUACCAAUGUUAGAUUUGUUUGGUUUUCUGCCACUAAUGAACUGUUUAAUAUUAGUAUUCCUUGGAUUGCAGUUAAGAAAAUAAGCAAGAAAACUACCAAAGGUUUAUACACAAUGAUAAUUGAAACCUAUCAAGAAUUUGGAGGAUACUAUGUUGGUUACAGGAACAUAGAAAUGGAUAGCAUGAUCAAAGAAUGUACUAAAUUGCAUGCCUUUUAUAUCGAAAAUCCAAUUUAUGGAAUUGAAAUCCAAGAGAAACAACAACCCAUUGUUUAGAAAUUUGAUGAAAAGGUAUAAGUGGUUUAGAGUAUCUACAAUCAAGCAGCUAGAUAUCAAGCUAAUGAAAACAAUGACAUUCAAAAUGAUAUAGUAUGCUCUCAAGAAUUGGGAUUGGCUAUUUAGAAAUUACCAGCAAAUGCUAAACUAAGUGACUUCUGGAAUAUUAUCAAAUAUUGA